UAAACUGCAUCUUAAACUGAAACCAAAUGUAUUACUCUCAGCAGGUAUACAGUAUGUGUGUUUCUGUUUGGUCAUGUGCACUCGCAGAGGACUUUCUCUUUCUGUUUAAUCGCAGUAAAACAAACCUGAUGAGAUCUGAAGCUCUGAAAAUCAGCCACAAUUUGGAUGUUCGGUCCACUGGCAAGAUGACCGAUGAAUGCAUCACAAUAGAGUCAGACGAGGAACCAAAUGAACUGCCACCACCUGAGUUUACAUGCCACUGUUGUUAUGAAGUCCUCGUAGAUCCCACCACUCUCAACUGUGGCCACAGUUUCUGUCGGCAUUGUGUCGCACAGUGGUUGCAUUCUUCUCGAAAGAAUGAAUGCCCAGAAUGCAGACAGAGAUGGCAGGGGUUUCCUAAAGUCAACAUUCUCCUCAGGGAUGCAGUGGAGAAGUUGUUUCCUGCUGAGGUAAGCAGACGGAGGAGGGUUGUGCAGAGGGACCCACAGUUCCGUUUUUUUCUCAAGAUAUUCCAGCAGUAUGGACAGAUGCUGACCCAAAACAUCCCUCUCUCAAAUGGCCUACAGCAAGCUACACGAAACAGCUUUUUUUUAGGAGUCAUGGUGACAUUGAUCUGCAUGGGGGUUUUUAUGCGGUAUCGGUCAAACAGUGCUGAUUCUGAUUAUGACAUCUUGGUCCAGAAGCCAAUCAGCAGGUGGAAUGCUGAUGAUGUCAAUCUUUGGGUGAAGCAUCUAGGUCCCUGGACCAAUCAGUACAGUGAAGUGUUCCACAGAGAACAAAUUAAUGGCAGUUUGUUGGCUCAUCUAAGAGAUGAAGAACUGUCUGCUGCUCCAUUCAGAGUUGAAAAUCCAUCACACAGACAAGUCAUGCUGGACGAAAUCCAAAAAAUCAAAGAGCUCAAAGUCAAACAGCCACAGAAUCUCUGGGAGUACAAGGCAACAAAUCUUGGAAAAAGCUUGUUUCUACAGUUUGGACUGAGAGAAUUUCCACGUAUCACUUUUCUCUACUUGUACCUGUUUGAUUAUGAAGACACUUUUCUACCUUUCAUACACACGUGCUGCCCUGCUCACACAAACAAUUUAGUGCAGGAUGUCCCGCCCGACAACAUACUGCAGGAGCCAAGCUUGCGUCAGUGGGUGGAGUUUCGGGUGAAGGUCUUUUUGAUGCCCUAUCUGCUACUGGUUGACUUUGCGUGGAAUUGGCUGAGUGUUCAUUGUUGGAUAUCAUGGAUUGUCAUUGUUAAUUCCAUAAUAAUGACAGUAUUUGAGUUAUUUUAUAUCUGGACACUAUGGAGAAGAAAACAGCUGAGCACCCUCCCUAUAUCGCUUUUGUGGCAGAUGCUUCAUGUGUUCCUCUUUGUGCUGCUGUGGCCUUUGGUCCCUCAGAUCUACUGUGAUUUGGAAUUCUACGCAGGACUCUUUAUCAGCUCAGUCCUUUGCAUCUGGGGUCGGAAACAUGUUUUUCAGAUGGCACAGCAAUGAUAACUAAAACAAGCUUACAUUUUUUUCAAACAAGUUCAAACAUGAAGCGCUGAAAACUCUGAAGGAAAUUGAUCAUUACUUAUAACUAUAUGACAACUAAAUGCAGGGGUGAUUCUAGGUUUUUAUAUAUACAGUAUAUAUAUUUAUAUACAUUUAGCAUUUUAGACUUUGAACAAUACUAACCUUAUUGCAGCAAUUCCACUGUAUUAAAAAUAUGGGUAUAAUAAAAUAUUUGUGUACAUUUA